UCUAAAAUAUGUAAACAAUGAAAAAAAUAUAUUUUAAUGGUAUAGAGGGAGUAUUUGUUUUAUAUGGAGCUCUCUUGUGCUUGCGAAAGUCUAAAUCAUUCAGCACGACUUCUUCAUUUUGCUGGAAUCGCCAUUUAUGCUUAGGUAUAUUGUUUCAGCGACUUAAUAUAGUAAUAUAUCUGUAAAUUUAUAUAUAUAUAUAUAGUUUGGCAGUUAAAUCUGUUUUUUCCGCAUUGGAGCAAUGAGUUCUCUUAUGGACAGGAUUAAUUCUAUUAAUCCAGGUCAUUUUUAUUCUGUCACAAAAUGUUACACACUGAUUCACUGUCGAACCGAAAUUAGAAAACUCUAACCAAAUGGAUCCAAUGAAACUUCUCCACUAAGCAUUCAGUUUUUAUAUUUGUUUUUAACAAAUCACACCAAAUUAUUAACUAAUAAUCGCAGCAACUUCAACAGAAAUCAUAAACAAACCCCGCAAAGCAUCCUUUUAAGUAGUUCAUCUCUGAAGCCUUCAAUGUCAUAAAAACAUACUGAAGGACAUAACAAGCAGUAAGCAAAAGCAAAAUCUAAAAAGAAAAAAGAAGAAUAACACAAAUGGAUCCGAACACAAAAACAAUUAUGAUUUUCGCAUUGUUUUUUCUCUGUUUAUCUUUCCCCAGUAUUUCACUGGCUAACGAUGCUGAAGCCGACGAUGAAACACUAUUUACGUACGAACAAAAUCCAGAGAAGGGACCAGAGGGAUGGAGCAAAAUAAAUCCUCAUUGGAAAGUUUGUAACAAUGGAAAAUUACAAUCUCCGAUCGAUCUCACUAACGCAAGAGUCAGUCUUAUUCAUGAUGAAGCGUGGAGAAGAGAAUACAAACCAGCCCCGGCUGUUAUUAUGAACAGAGGACAUGACGUUAUGGUAUCGUGGAAAGGAGAUGCUGGAAAAAUAACGAUACGUCAAAUGGAGUUUAAAUUGGUGCAAUGUCAUUGGCAUUCACCGUCUGAGCAUACUGUUAACGGAACUCGUUACGACCUGGAGCUUCACAUGGUUCACACGAGUGCUCGAGGCAGAAUCGCAGUGAUUGGAGUUCUUUAUAAACUGGGCAAACCUAAUGAAUUCCUCACAAGGUUACUCGAUGGAUUAAAAACAGUGGGAAAAGAAGAGAAGGAUCUAGGGAUUGUGGAUCCAAGAACCAUUAGAUUUCAAACCAAGAAGUUCUAUAGAUACAUUGGCUCUCUCACUGUUCCUCCAUGCACUGAAGGUGUUAUUUGGACCGUCGUCAAAAGGGUGAAUACAAUAUCAGUGGAGCAAAUUGCAGCUUUGAGGAACGCCGUUGACGAUGGAUAUGAGACAAAUUCAAGACCGGUUCAAGACACAAAUGGAAGACCGGUUUGGUUCUUUGAUCCAAAUGUUUGAAUUAUUGUAUUAAACUUUUUGUAAUUUCCAGAUUAUUCGAGUUUGAAUAAAAGCUAUCAAUAGAUUGGGUCGAUGCAUUGGAACUGGGCUUUUUUCAAAAUGUAAAAUCGCAAACAUGAAAAACACAAAAUACUGAAAAUUAUGCAGAUUUUAAUCAUUCACUCAUAUAUUACCAAGUGUUUGAGCCAGACUCGUCCAAAAGGGUAUAUUAGGAAGAUAUCAUUCAUAUAAUUAACACUUAACGAAUGAAAAAGCUGAUAGAUCUACAUAUUUUGUUUUCAAGUGUUUUGUCUCUUUAUGUAUUGCUCUGUUUUCAUUUUAUUCUCUGUUUCUAAGCUACGCUUCUUCUCUUAUAUAGUUAUAUGUGAAGAUGCAAUCGUAUAUAUCUAUGGCAACUUCUUGAAUUUUUUAAACGGCAGUUAUGUUCAAAAUAUCAGUUUAUAUUUCUUCUAUCAGUCUCGGCUUCGACCAACAUAUUCGUUGUCGAUGAAUGUUACAAAAAAUAAUAGACGCUGUGACUGGGGUUCGGCAGUACUCCGAUAAAUUUAUCUUAUUUUCCACAAUAAUGUUAAUGCCUUUUAUUCGAGCUUACUUGUGAAGUAAUGCUUAUCACAGGCUAGGCCGCUAAUAAUGGUUCUGAGUCUUUUGACCGUUAACUUCUCGUUUGAGCUAUCAGUUCAGGAACCAUCUCAAUUAAAUUUUAUUUAAAAAAUACACUCUGUCUUGAUAUUUUCACCUGAUUCUGAUGGCUCUGUUCAUCUUCAACAAUCUUGAGUUAAUGCAUGACUCUACUUGUCUGCCUUUUGGAUCAUCGUUAUCCCUUCUGAUAACUGACUGGGUCUAAAUUGUAAUGGGUUGCUUUCUAUUUGUUCAGAACUGAAUCCUUUCAAUUUCUAUCUUGAUCUCUCUUCGAUUCAAAUAUAUUAAAAACAAAGUAUUUUCAUCCGGUUCACGGCAUCAGCAAACUGCUACAUUCAGUUAGGAUCUUACGAAUCUUAACUUGGAUUGAUGAUAUCAGAAAACACCUUCGGCAAGUUUCUACACAAGAUUUCUCACUUCCAAUUACACUCAUUUGGUUUUACAAAGAAAAUCAAAGAAGAAUAUAGUAAGAGCUAAACCUAUAAGGAGUUAAGGACUUCGUCUCUCUAGGUUAUCUUUCUAAGAGAUGUCAUUGUAGCAUGCUCUAAGCAACUUAAGAGGACAAAAAAUAUAGUCUUCCAUUUUAUAAAAUGAGACUCACAAAACCUUAAAAAUCUUGUAUGUUGGACUGUAUUUUAAUUUGUAGUUCAAGAUAGAGUUGGUUGAAGUCUAAUCUUUAAAUCAUUUGCAUCUUUCUCUUGGGCCUAUGAAAUGAAACUAUUAUGAAUGUAUAACAUUUUGAUCUACAAAUAUUGCUUUAUUGAGUCUCUUGUCUUCUUGAUAUUGGGUAUUGCUAUGUAUUCUCACAAGAUGUAUCCAAAUAUGAAAAAGACCCAAAAUAUAUGAUGCACCAAUGAAACACAUGCGCGAACGCACAUGCUCAAACACAUUGUCUUUUCCCUCUUAAUAAACCACUAAAAAUCUAUACUAUUAAAAGAGAAGGGAAGAAGUCCCAAAAAAUCUACCUAUAAAAAGUUACUGCACCUUUUCAUUUAACUCAUUAUUUUUUUAUCUUACCUUAAUUUUUUUUAGUUCAUACGAUAUUAUCAAUAAAUAUGGUUACCGAAACAGAGGGAAUCAAAUAGUGGGAACUCAGCCCCUCAUGUACAUUCCUUUUUCCCGUCCAUAUAUAUACCAUUUAAUUAUUUAUUGUUUAUACUUUUUGAUUAAAACGAAGUACAUACUAAGAUUAAGUAAACUAUACAUGUCUGACAAAAAGUACUAUAUAUAUAAUCUUUUCAUGGACCGUGUAAUAAUAUAAUCAUCCAAUUGAAAACAUAGUUAAAAAUCUUAUUUUAAAUGAAUUCUAUUAUUACUUUUCAUUUUAAUGUUAUACAUUAUAUUUUAUGCUUAUCAUCUACAAUAUUCAGAUAUUAAUUAUUAAAAUGAGUUAGCAUAUAUCAUUAAGCAUAUUGUAUCAUGUCAUCUUACAUUAUAUAGUUUUAAAUAUUUACAAAAUCAAAUUUGAUAAAAACAUUUUUGUGAAUCGUAUGUUAAAACAAAAUUAUAUAUAUUACCUUAACUUAAUUUUUAUAGAAAUUACUAUAAUAAAAAUUAUAAACUUUUGUCUGAAAUACUAAUUCAUAUCCAACUUUAUUUAUAACCCAAACAAAACCCGUACUUUUGUCUGAAUACCCGAAAUAUAUUUUUAGCAGUUUGAAAUUUUACCUGAAAACUGAAAGUAUAACUGUAAACUCAAACCCAAAACAAAAAAGAAUAUUCGUAAUACCGAAAACAUAUAUAAAACACCCAAAUAUACAUAACAUACACAAAAUAUUUUAUAUGAUAUGGAUAUUCGGUCGGAUCUUGGGUAGGUAUGUACUGAACCAAGAUCCUCAAAAACAAAUAUCCACCACGUAUUCCCCGGAUCCGAUAUUUUUUUUGUAUUUGAGUAAUUAGUGAAUUAAUUUAUUUGAGAUUUUGAAUAAAUGUCUAAGCUUG